AGAGUAUCAUUCAUUAGUCAUUUCCCCUUGACCCGACGGACCGGGAUACAUUGCUGACCCGUUAAUGACUUCAGUCGCAUGAACAGCUCUCGUCGAGAGCGGUUCACUCAUAAGACAUGAAGCUAAUAGUUAUUGUGCUUACAUUGAUUCUUUUCAUACAAUGCAGUGAGAGCCGGCACACCGGCUGGUUUCCGCAGAACCUAGUCGACGCAUUCACAAAUAGAACAUCUCAAAUAACAAACUACGUUCGAUCGAAGGGACGUAGUCUUAAACAGUUUUACGUUGAAAAUGUUCGAAAUAAAAUAACGUCAUAUCUUGGUUUUAAUCAGACGCAAAUAGAAGAUCGCAUUGGUAACCAAGCAAGGAUUAAGAGAAAAUUUAAAGAUUAUGUCGAAGAUGCCCAAGCCAAUGACGAGAAGAUUUUUGACGCAAUUGCUCCUGAAAAAUUAGAAUAUUCGUGUAAUGAUAAUGACCCGAGCAUUCAUAUGACCACGCCACAGCUGAUCGCACUACACGGUUACGUAUCUGAGUCACAUACAAUCGUCACAGAAGAUGGAUACAUCCUCACAGUUCACAGAAUACCUCAUUCCCGAAACGCUAAAAGAGAGGAGAAUCCCCGUAAAACGGUUCUUCUUCAUCACGGUCUCCUUGGAAGUUCAGCGGACUGGAUCGUCGCAGGACCAGAGAAAGGUCUAGCUUAUAUAUUAUCUGAAGCCGGUUACGAUGUGUGGUUAGCGAAUGUUCGAGGAAAUACUUACUCCAGGGCGCAUGUAUCGCUUAACAUUGAUACCUUCGCUUUUUGGAAUUUCACAUUUCAUGAAGUUAGCCAACACGAUUUGCCAGCCGUUAUCGACUAUAUCAUGGAUACAAAGGGAUGGGAUACAAAAAUAAACUAUAUCGGCCAUUCAAUGGGGACGACUAUCUUAUUUGCUUUGCUUUCCACGAAGACACAUUACAAUAAAGUGCUACGAGCGGGUUUCGCAUUAGCCCCUGUAGCCUUCAUGACUGACAUUAAAAGCCCUAUUCGUCUCCUCGCGAAAUACAGCAAUAAUUUGGAAUAUUUGCUAAAACUUCUCGGCGCUAACGAAUUUCUACCACAAAAUGCUGUUCUUCGGUGGUUAUCAAAACACGCGUGUGAAAUAAAUCACUACGAAGAAGCGAUCUGUGAGAAUUCAAUGUUCGUGUUAUGCGGACACGAUGAACGUCAGUUUAAUAGAAGUUUGUUGCCUAUAAUACUGGGACACGUCCCAGCCGGUGCGUCGACGAAGACGUUAGUUCAUUACGCGCAAGAGAUUCGAAACGUGGGAAGAUUUCAGCAAUUUGACUAUGGUACUGAAGGAAAUUUAAUAAAGUAUGGAACGCUUUCGCCCCCCGAAUAUCCUCUGCAUAAAAUAACUCUACCGAUUGCUUUAUUUAGCGCUGAAAAUGAUUGGCUGGCGGGUGACGUCGAUGUUACGAAUUUAUACGUACAACUCAUAAAUCCCAUAGAACAUUAUAUAGUGCCUUUGAAAGAGUUCAAUCACAUAGAUUUUCUUUGGGCGGUUGAUGCACCUAAAUUGGUUUUUGCAAAAUUGCUUCAAUUACUAGAGGAGGGAGUCAGUAAACCCUUUUAUAAUAUAAACACCAAUACACACGAUAUACGUUAGACAUAUACAUAUAUGAUAAUAUUGUCCUGUUAAUUUAGUGAUA